CUCCUCGUGCGUAACGUCAUGCGUACUUUAGUAUCCCCGCUCGUCAGAGAAACUUUCCGACACGCAGUUUAAACUUCUGUUAGAAAAAUGAAAGCCGUCAUGGGCAAGGAGGGACUCUUUUAAUGGCAAAAAAGGGCAAAUUACCGUAUCAAAUAGAUUUCUAUAUACGAUAUGUUCAUCGGAAGUUAUAAAGGAAAAAACCAGUCAUUUGGUAACCGGAAGUGCCAUUAAGGACAAUGGCGGUAUUCAUGACAAGUAAUCAGCGCUUAAGCCGGGCCGGGUUCCGGAGAGCCCCCGUUAAUGCACCAGCCCGGGUACGAGUUUGUGUGCGGUUGCGCCCUGGUGUAGGGACCGGACAAGGUCAAGAUGCCCCGUGUGUGCGAGGAGUGGGCUCCCACUCAUUGGAGAUCCUCAACUGGAGAAACGAGAUGGAGAUGAUGAAGUACCACUUUGAUGCUUUUUACGGUGAAACAUCCACCCAACAUGACAUCUACAUGGGAUCAGUCCAACCUUUCCUGCGCCAUCUCUUGGAGGGGCAGAAUGCCAGCAUCCUGGCUUAUGGGCCUACCGGAGCAGGGAAGACGCACACUAUGUUGGGCAGUCCAGAUCAGCCAGGGGUGAUACCGCGAGCUGUUCGGGAUGUCUUGCAGAUGACAAGGGAUGCUUCAGGGGAUGAGUGGAAGUAUUCAGUCUCCAUGUCUUACCUGGAAAUCUACCAAGAGAAGGUUCUUGACCUCUUGGAGCCCUCCCUUCGUGACCUGCCCAUCCGGGAGGAUUGCAACCAUCACAUCCUGGUGCCUGGCUUGACACAGAAGCCGAUCAUGAACUUCUCAGACUUUGAAAGCUACUUCUUGCCUGCCAGCUGCAAUCGGACAGUGGCACCCACGCAGCUAAAUCAGCGCUCCAGCCGCAGCCACGCUGUGCUGCUGCUUUGGGUGAGCCAGACCCAGGGCUGGCCCCCCUAUGCACGCCGGGCUGCCAAACUUUGCCUGAUUGAUCUAGCCGGCUCGGAAAACAACCGGCGGACAGGCAACCAAGGUCUGCGGCUGAAGGAGAGCGGAGCCAUCAACACCUCGCUCUUUGUGCUCAGCAAGGUGGUAGACGCCCUCAACCAGGGGCUGCCUCGGGUACCCUACCGAGACAGCAAGCUUACUCGUCUGCUGCAGGAUUCCCUGGGUGGUAGUGCUCACAGUCUGAUCAUUGCCAACAUCGCCCCUGAGAAGAGGUACUACUUUGAUACCCUCACGAGCCUCAACUUUGCUGCCAAGUCCAAGCAGGUGGUGAACAAACCCUUCAUGCAGGAAACGCUGCCAGAAAUUGCUGCGCCCAAGAGACCUUCUGCAGAUUCCAGUGAUGAAGGCCCUGAGGCCAAGCGGCCUUGCUCAGAGGAAAAGAAGCUGAACGUGGUUGAGGAGAAGCCACUCAGUUCCUUGCUGCCUCUAGAGAACCUUGAGCCAGCCUUAGUUCAGCGGUUGCUGCGCUUGGAGGCCUUGGAAAAAGGGACAGAAUCAGGGAAUCGUGGCUUGCCUCUUCUCAACACGCCACGCAAGGAGAGGCUGGUCCUUCAGAAGCAGAUAGAGGAGAAAUGGCGUGAGCUGCAGAGUCUUACAGAAAAGCAGCAAGAGAUGGAGGCCAAGCAGGAACAUGCCCCUGCCAAACUCCGAAAACAGGCCGUGGUGUUGCCCUUUAAGCAAGCACAGACACCUGAGAAAACUGAGGAGGAGGAGGAGAUCAUAAUCAUAAAGCAGAAGGGGAAAGGUCGGAAGAGAAAGCCUUUGGCCCCUAACUCUGAAAACAAGGCUCCUCCUGAGUGGGAAGUAACUAUGCGGCCUGAUCUGCUAACUCGCAGCAAGGGAAAUAUCCUGGCCCUCCUGAAUACAGGAUCAGAGAAGGAUCUCAUGAACCUGCACCGGAUCGGCAAGAAGACGGCCCAACUCAUUGUGGCCUGGAGGGAUCUCCAUGGGUUGUUUAAGAAGGUAGAGGACCUUGCCGAAGUUGAAGGUGUUUCAAAAAAGCAAGUGGCUUCAUUCCUAAAGGCAAACAUCCUGACCACUAUUGGAAACAUUGAAUAACUACAUUGUCUGCAAACCACUCCCUUUGUCCUAUUUAGCAGUGUUUGGGAUUUUCACUUGUCUUUUUAGUGCAUUUAGAUGUAUUAUAUAGAAGUGAAAAUAUAGAUUGCUGAUACUUCUGAAAUUAGUAUUAUUGCCCCUCCCAAUAAACUCAAACCAUUUAUUA